GGCAGAGGAGGGAGGCGGAGCCAACCAUAGCUGAGCGGGGGGAGCGCGGCCGGCAGAGCACAGGAAUGUGCACAGAUUGAUUGGUUUCCACCAUGUUCUCACAGUGCUCGCAGGAACUGUUGAAGAUUACAAAUCUUCAUCUCUGGAGUCUGAAUUUGAAUCUGCUUUUAAAAAAUCACAGGAGAGCUUUCAGCAAGUCACUGCCUGUGUGUCGAAGGAAAGUAGUUGUUACGGGUAUUGGCUUGGUGUCUCCUCUCGGUGUGGGGACUCAGCUUGUGUGGAAGCGCCUUCUUCAAGGAGACAGUGGGAUUGCAUCACUAGAUGGGGAAGAAUACGCAGGCGUUCCAUGUAGAGUGGCUGCCUGUGUGCCACGGGGAGAUGCGGAGGGCCAUUUCAAAGAAGAGAGCUUUGUUUCAAAGUCGGAGAUCAAGUCCAUGAGUUCUGCUACUGUCAUGGCCAUCGGGGCAGCAGAGCUGGCAAUGAAGGACUCUGGCUGGUCUCCACAGUCUGAACAGGACCAUUUAAGAGCUGGUGUGGCAAUUGGAAUGGGAAUGGUUCCACUGGAAGAGAUUUCUGAUACAGCUGCUUUAUUUAAAACAAAGGGUUAUAACAAAGUCAGCCCAUUCUUUGUCCCAAAAAUUUUAGUCAAUAUGGCAGCAGGUCAGAUCAGCAUUAAAUACCAACUGAAGGGGCCAAAUCAUGCCGUGUCAACUGCUUGUACCACCGGCGCGCAUGCUAUUGGAGACUCCUUUCGAUUUAUCGCCUUGGGUGAUGCUGAUGUCAUGUUGGCUGGAGGGACUGAGGCUUGCAUUAGUCCUUUGUCCUUGGCUGGAUUUGCAAGAGCUCGGGCCCUAAGCACUGGUUUUAACGCAAACCCUAAAAUGGCAUGUCGGCCAUUUGAUUCACAGAGAGAAGGGUUUGUAAUGGGAGAGGGUGCUGCAGUGCUGGUCUUGGAAGAGUACGGACAUGCUGUCCAGAGAGGUGCCAGGAUCUAUGCAGAAGUUUUAGGUUAUGGACUGUCAGGUGAUGCUUGCCACAUAACAGCACCUAAUCCGGAGGGAGAUGGUGCAUUCAGGUGUAUGUCUGCAGCAAUAAAAGAUUCUGGAAUCAAGCCUGAAGAUGUAACAUAUGUCAAUGCACAUGCAACUUCUACUCCUUUAGGAGAUGCUGCUGAGAAUCAAGCAAUCAAGAAACUUUUUAAAAAUCACUCGCGUAAUCUUGCAGUUUCCUCGACAAAAGGAGCAACAGGACAUCUUUUGGGAGCUGCAGGAGCUAUUGAAGCAGCUUUUACUGCGCUGUCCUGUUACCAUGCAAUUUUGCCACCUACUUUAAACUUAGAAAAAACAGAGCCGGAGUUUGAUCUCAAUUAUGUUCCAUUAACAGCUCAGGAAUGGAAAACUGGAAAGCGGCGUAUUGCACUUACAAAUUCAUUUGGCUUUGGUGGUACUAAUGCAACUUUGUGCCUUGCAAGUGUUUGACUUCUGUAUGUUGUGAAAAGUGGCACUCAAUGAUUUUCUGUACUGUCAUCUUUGUUGUAUAUUAUAAUCUUUUCUCAGCAUUGAGAUUUGAUACAUAACUUUAUUCACUCCAACAUUUACAUCAGUAAUUCUUUUAAAAAGAGAGAAUUUCUUUUACUCAUUUUAAUAAAAAUAAAGACCUACUCUUCAUGUGGUAAAUAAGUUUUUAUUUUUGCUCAAAAAGGAGACUUGUAGCAAGUAAUCUGAGUAGCAUGUUUUGUGAGAAGAGGAUAAAAAUGAUAAAUUCUGUAUUUCAGUGUAAUAAUACAUUUAUGAUUACUUCACUGGUCUCCAUCAUUUUUGAGGCCAAAUGAUUAUACUCUUGUGAACUCUGACUUGCUUAUUGACUAAAAGGCAGUUUUUUUCUUCA